GCUGAUCUGAUGGUGAUCUACUGAAACAAAUAGCAAUGCAUCUCCAGGAAGAGGAAUAUUUUGCAUCUGACUGGUUGACUAGAAAACAUAAGAGAAAAAGUUCCAUUGUUGUUCUUAGAAUAACACUAAGCGAAAAGAGGGUAUUUAACUCACUGCCAAGCUUCUUCAGAUAUUCAUAUUAGAUCCUAUAAAUUAGCAGCUGUAGUAACAGAAGAGUUUGUCCUUACCUGGUGUCAACCAAGGAGUGUUUUUCUGAAAGUGGGGAAGUCAUAACAUCCCUUUUAGCGGACUCCAGUAAGCCCGUUAUGACUGAAAGGAAAGGUUAUGCUGGAAAUGGGCUUGUUCAUGUUAAAAACCCUCAUUUGGAUUCAAUGGACGAAGAUGUUCUUUAUCACUUCAAUUUAGGAACUAAAACACACAACCUACCAGUGAUGUUUGGUGACGUAAAGUUUGUCUGCGUUGGUGGCAGCCCUAACAGAAUGAAAGCUUUUGCUCAGCUCAUGCACAAAGAACUUGGACUUGAAGGAGAUGGGAAAGACUUGAAAGAUAUUUGUGCUGGGACAGAUCGGUAUUCUAUGUACAAGGCUGGACCAGUGCUCUCCAUCAGUCACGGGAUGGGUGUUCCUUCCAUUUCUAUUAUGCUUCAUGAACUAAUCAAGUUACUACACCAUGCAAAAUGCCGUGAUGUUACUAUUAUACGCAUCGGUACUUCUGGGGGCUUAGGCAUUGACCCUGGAACUGUUGUAAUAACAGACAUCGCAGUGGAUUCAUUUUUUAAGGCUCAGUUUGAGCAGGUGAUACUGGAUAAUAUAGUUGUACGAAGCACUGAACUUGAUAAGGACCUUGUUGAGGAGCUACUGAACUGCAGCAAAGAGAUUCAUGACUUUCCAACACUUAUUGGGCAUACUAUGUGCACCUAUGAUUUUUAUGAAGGUCAAGGACGAUUAGAUGGAGCAUUGUGUUCUUUUUCCAAUGAAAAGAAGUUGGAGUACUUAAAGAAAGCUCAUGAUGCUGGUGUUAGAAAUAUUGAAAUGGAGUCAACUGUAUUUGCUGCUAUAUGUGGACUUUGUGGUCUAAAAGCUGCUGUUGUCUGUGUGGCACUCCUUAACCGACUUGAAGGUGACCAGAUUAAGGCACCCCAUGAAGUUCUAGUAGAAUAUCAGCAACGGCCUCAGCAUCUGAUCUCAAUUUUUAUCAAAAAGCGUCUUGGGUUAUAUAACCAAAUGGAAUUACUAUGCAUUUUUCCUGAAUAACUAAGGGAAAAUAUACCCUGCCAAUACACAAAAUGAAUGUCUUAUGUAUUUAUCUCUGUAUAUCGAUACGUAUAGGCAGACAUAAAUAUAACGUUGUUGUGUAGCGAAUUCAUAUAUAAAUGAAACUGUUUAUAAGGAAACAGAAUGAUAGUUCCAAAUUGUUUCAAUGCAUAGUUAGUGAAAACUCUAAAGCCAGUUAUAAUGUAGCCGUUUUGUCCUAUAAGGGGAUUUUAGGGCAUAUACAUUCACAUAAAAUUAACACCUAUCUAUAAAACACUUUCCACAUCAGAUCCCUCUACAGGCAUAAAAAUGUGUGGAGUGUAAUCACAAGUAGCCCCAGCGGGACUCAGUGAACCUGAUUUAUAAUAGAGCCUGUGGGUGUUUAGCACCUCUGAACAUCUGGCCCUGUAGUGUUCCAGGAUUCAGACCUAGCUAGCUUGGUUUUGUUUAAUUUUACAUAUUUAUAAAUCUGAGAAAAGGUCUGAAAUGGAAAGUAUGUAAGUAUUACUAUAACAUAAAAGGAUAGGCCACAGAAAUCCUUCUUAUAGCAAAAAUAAAAUUAUUGUCAUGGUGGAACUGCUCACUAAGUGGGUUUAGGUUUGGUCCCCAAAGUGAUUGAGUUUGCCUAGUUUUGGCUUUCUAAACAAACCAAAGCAAAUCAGCAUUUGUGGCAUUAUUGUUCUUCAUUGAAUUUCAGCAAACACAGGUGAUAGGCAGCUUAUAAAGAGAGAAUAAAUAUUAUUGAUACAAAUUUAA